GCAACAUACCUUGAUCUGAUCACUUAUGCUCUAGAUGGCAUAGGUACGAUAUAUAAUGGCCUCUUUGGAUGAUCUGUUCGGUCAGACUCCGGCCCCCAACGAAGAGGAAGGAGACGUCUGUCGAGUAUGUCGGAUAGAGGGUGACUCGGAGGAGCCCUUAAUACACCCUUGCAAAUGUUCAGGUUCUGUCAGGUUUGUGCAUCCAACCUGUCUGAAAGACUGGCUAUCACACAGCCAGAAGAAAUAUUGCGAGAUAUGUGGACACCGUUAUACAUUCACGAAGAUCUAUACAGAUUACAUCCCCACCAAGAUACCUAAGAUUGUUUUCAUUCGCCAGACUCUUCUUUGGUUCUAUCGAAUUGGCUGCCACAUACAACGCUUUUGGCUAGCGGUCUUGGGAUGGUUGAUCAUCCUUCCAAGCUUGAACCUGAUCACACUGCGGACGCUGGUCUGGCUCGCAGACAGCUCAAUAUCAUCAUCUUCAAAUCCGAGUUUACCAACAAAUGCAACCCUAUCAACCGCUGUCGUCAAUGGUACAGAUUUCAACGCAACCGAGGUCAAUGCUACCAUUUCCGAACCUCAGGCUCAUGGCCCACUCAAUGGACUGAGAUUCCGGGAUUUAUUUCUCAAGCCCAUGUCGACAGCCCUCAGGCUGUCCGUUGCGAAUUGGAGGGAUUUGCAUGGAAUGGACGCUGAAACUAUCCCUGGAUUCGUCUUUCGUGGUCAAAUACUGUCCAUUGCCACCGCCGCCGUUCUAGUCGGCUUGGUCUUUUUCCGCGAAUGGAUGACGCAGCAGAAUCCAGCGGAAUUGGUUCCCACUCAACCAAGGGAAGAGGAAGCAAUAAAUCUGGAUGAUUGGGUUGUCCAAGGCGGCGUUGCGCGGCGCAGGCUCAAAGAACCUACUCCUGUGAAAUGGCGGAGCAACCCCGUUAUUGCCGAAUACUUGGCACGAGCGCGGCUUCCAGAUCCUCGGGCCAGACAGCAAAUUAAUGAAAAUGGCGGUUCAGACUUAUCAGGGGCUCUGGAACAGCCCUUAAUCACGCCCAGCGACAACGAAAAGGCAUUGGACAUGUCAGAGAUUUCCCCGACGUUGUUACAGGACGGGAGCGGAGACGAUGAGGAGGUCGUGGCUGGACCUAGCCGGCCCCAUUAUACACCUUCACCAAGUUUCGACAGUGUUCCUCGGCCUUACGAACUCUCUGAGGCUGGACCAUCACUGUCGAAAGUUGCAUACACCGCUCCAGAGAUGCUGGGUGAGGAGGACGACAGCAAGGUGGAACCGCGAUUAGUGUUCGUCGACUUCAGAGCGCGGGAUAGUUCUGGCCGGCCAUAUUUUCCCACUCGAGUGUCUCCCGCGCGUCGCGCCGCCGCUCUUCACUUUGCGCGUAUGAACAAGUGGCCGAUAGAACUCAAAUUCGAGGGAGACAAAUCCAGACCCUCAGACAAUCGGCCCGAAAUCAUCAUAGAUGUCUCUCAGCCAGACUCCGGCAUGGCUCUGACUCAUACACACGAGGAUUUAUCUGUGGUUAGGGAGCUGACGUCACGAUAUACCUUCCACACCGUUCCUGAAGAAGCGGAGGCGGACAUCAACGAGGUCCCGGGGGAAAUAUUAGAACAGCUGCCACACGGGGAGACAGGGCUGAUGCACUUCGUCCAUCAGCCCAACGGCACUGCGGUAGCCCUCAGCCGAGAGGACGAACGUGCUGAAAGUGUGAAAGCCCUUGAGGAUGAUAGGUCAAGACCGCAAACGCCUGAUACGACAGAGCCAAACGCGCUCGACACACCUGCCAACCGUGAACAUCCACCGGCUGAUGAGGAUGACGAUGAGGAUUGGGAAAAUGAGGACGAGGUCGCCGAAGACCAAGCGGAUUUAGUCGAGGCCGACCAUGAGAAUGUCGACGGAGAUGUACAUCCCGAAGGACUCCCCGCCGCCUUUGACGCAGAGCUCAAUGAGGACGCACCUUUCGAGAGAGAAGAUUGGGAUGGUGUCUUUGAAGUCGUCGGUCUCAUUGGACCUCUUACCAACCUCAUUCAGAAUCUCGCUUUCGCUAUCACUAUCAUGGGUGCUGGUUUGACUCUCCUAGUCGGCCUUCCGAUAAUAACCGGCAAGGUGGUUCUGGCCCUGGAUUUGAUCAAAAUAGUCUUCACGGUCUGCAAACUCUUUUUGCGGGGGAUUCGGAUCAUCACUGACCCGAUAUUGGACAUCAUAUUCGAGAUCACGAAAGACGUGGUGCUUUUGCCGCUUCUGUCCUCCUUUCAAGCUCUGGAGCGAAUAGUAGCUAGCAAAUUGAACGUCCAACCGCUUGCUCGACUGGACCUGUUGAGAAUCACUCAAACAUUCACUUCCAGAGCGAAUUCAAACGCCGAAGGAGCGGAGACUGGAAGGUACAUCUCGAGGCUGGUUGGACAGCAGCUGCUGCGCCUUCAUGAGGCCAGUCGCAACACCAGCAAGCGAUUGGCGACCUCUCCGAAUCUGACUGACAACAUCUGGUGCAUGUUGACGGGGUACGCUGCGGUCAUCCACGUUGUCUGGAUCGUGGCUUUAGUGGAGCGAAAGAUGAACAGAGGCCAGUCGGCGAUUCUCGAUACCGUCAGGGACUAUGCCGUCUUUGUCAAAUUGGCCCUAUUCAUGGGAGUGGAGCUCAUUGUUUUCCCACUGGUCAUUGGCUCGGUCAUUAAUCUCUGCACCAUCCCCCUCUUUGAUGGUGCAUCUGUGGAGCGCAGCUUUGAACAUCUCCGGAACUCUCCGUUUGGGGUUAUUUUCGUCUCAUGGCUUGUCGGUACCAUGUUCAUGUUCACAUUUGCCUCAUUCUUGGCCCAUAUUCGGAGUUCAACCAGAAAGGGAGCCAUGUUUUUCAUUCGUGACCCGGCAGACCAGAACUUUUCUCCGGUGAAGGACAUUCUAGAAAGGUCUGCGCCAUCUCAGAUCAAAAAGCUUCUGGUGUCCGCCAUGAUGUACAUGGUAGUUGUGAUCAGCAUAUUUGGAGUCGCGUGUUGGACAUUGCAUCAUCAGACGUUGUACCCCAUCUUGCCGCUCAGACUGGCGAACUAUGCACCUUUGAGUUCCGUGCCUUUUGAUCUCCUCUAUCUGCAUCUCGCCGUUCCUCCAACUCUGGAAUUCCUGAAACCCUCUGUCCGGGGUGCAGCCAUUUGGAAGUUUUACUGGACGAUCGCAUGCCGCUCAUUUUGCCUUUCCAGCCUCUUGCAUGGCAAGCGGCACAAUGCGCAAUGUCAACAGGGUGGCCCAAGAAUUCUGGAAUGGAUCUGGCCAAUCUUAGAUAUCCCUCUGCAAAGACUUUUCGGACCUUACGACCCUGCUGGAACCUACGCACGAGUUCCCGCCGCCGAUCAGGUUGGUCUUCUGCCCGCUUCGGAACGGAAGAAGGGUGGAGUGUUUAUUCCUCUCACGAAGGAAGGAUCACCCAAGGACGAUGAAGGCAAAUUACGGCUUCUCAAACAGGAUCAACGUGCCCGAGCUCUCAAGCGCGAUCCAAGGAAAGACUACACCGUCGUCUGGCUGCCCCAGUAUUGGCGAACCAGGAUCCACGCUUUCAUUUUUGCUGCUAUUGGCGUUACUGGAUGGGCCAUUGCCAUGCUGCUGUUCGUACCAAUAUUGGUAGGACGUGCCACGCUUGGCAUGUUGGUCUCGGAGGAGAUGCAUGACGGAUACGCAUUCCUCCUUGGAGGCUACAUCUGUUGUGCAGCUGCGGCUGCUGGCAUGUUCGCGCGGAGGAUGAUCCUGAAAGAAGGAGUCUCAGGCCGUUUGCGGAGAUCGUCGCCCUCAGCACGAGUCAAGCGCGUCUUGCUCCCAUCGAUCAUCAACGCGUACGCUGUCUUCGCGCUCUACUUUGUUGCGCCAAGUCUGUUAGGAAUCAACUUUGAGCUGCAUGUGGGUCAUAUCUGUCGAUAUGGCUUGGACACGGAGCAAGUACCUAUACUGCACUUUUGGGAUGCCUGGGCUAUGGGAUGCGUGAUGUGCUCGCUCCUAGUGGGCCUAAAAUCUAUUAUUUUUGAGAGGCCGGUCCCGGACCAGAGGUCGUUGAUUCAAGGAGUAGCAGACCUUUUGCAGUCGCCAUUUGGCAAAAGCCUGGAGGAGCUGAACAAGAUUGUCAUGCCGUUGACUGGUCUGCUGCUCGCGCCGCUGCUCACUGCUCCAGUCCUGUCCGUCAGUAUCGCUAGUCUACCUUGGCAGAUGAAGAAUCCCCAAACCUUCAACAUGUUACUGUUCCGUCUCCUCUAUCCGGUUUCCACCUCGAUUCUCCUUGUGGUCUUUCUUCGAGCACCUCUACAUGCCAGGCUGCUCAAGAUGAGACAAGGCGUCAUUGAUGCUGAGUACAAGAUCGAAGAGCGUAUCGAGAAUUAUGAGCCAUCAGCUACGGAGAAUGCGAGUGGUACCGGCGCCAGUGGGGUAGAGAUCGAAGUCUUGGUCGGUGAAGCAGUUCGAGAGGGAGAACGCGAAGAUGAUUGGGAAGAUGAGGAAUAGAUCUUGAACCUCUGCAGCCUAUAGAACGUUUAUCCAGUAGCAUAGUCAGCUUAUCUGUAUCAUAUAAGAUAGACUCUAUCGGGAGGAUGUCCCGAUCGAUGCCGCUCGGGGUAAUUCAUGCCGAGACUCGGGGGAUCUACACCAGCGCGACUUCUGGUAUGGACGGAUGACUCUCACUUGAGUCGGUCGCUGCGAGAGCUGACGCGCUGAUAUCAAGCUGUGGUCGAAGACACGGUGGACACUUGAGCAACGGACGCUGCUCAGUCGACUAUACUCGCUUCGCUGUAUAUCAUCAUGCCUGUCGGAGAUGUACGAUGAUCAAUGUCGUGGAGCUAAAAACGCACUUUAUUAUCUUUCCGAGUCGGAU